CCCAGCCCAAGUCCCUGCUGCAGAAGCUGCACGUCUCCUUCCAGGGCUCCUGGCUCAAGGAGUUCCCAUGGCUGCACUACUGCCAGGAGACCGGCCUCAUGUCCUGCGCCUGGUGCGCCACCACCGCUGCGCCUGCCGACCUGGCGGCGCCCGCGCCUGGGGGCCACGACGAGCUGUGCAAGGGCACGCGCAACUACAAGCGGGCCCUGCUACUCCGGCACCACCUUUCGGCCGAGCACCGCCUCAACGAGCCCGUGUCGGCGGAGCAGGAGUCAGAAAUACCAUCAGAAUUGAAUAAUGAGGGAUACUGUGACUAUAAUAACCGGCCAAAUGAGAACUCUUACUGCUAUCAGCUCCUGCAAGAAUUAAAUGAACAGAGGAAGAAAGGCAUUCUUUGUGAUGUCAAUAUUGUGGUGAGUGGGAGGGUCUUCAGAGCUCACAAGAACAUCCUGGUUGCAGGCAGCCGCUUCUUUAAGACUCUGUAUUGCUUUACGAACAAAGAAAGCCGUAACCAAACCACUGUUACCUAUUUAGAUGUUGUUGCUGUUCAAGGUUUUUCUGUCAUCUUGGACUUCUUAUAUUCUGGUAACCUUGUGCUUACGAGCCAAAAUGCCAUUGAAGUGAUGUCAGUGGCCAGCUACCUUCAGAUGACUGAGGUUGUCCAGUCUUGCCGCAACUUCAUUAAAGAUGCCUUAAAUAUAAGCAUAAAAUCAGAAGCUCCAGAGGCUGUAGUGGUGGAUUAUAAUAGAAGAUCUGUUAGUAGGGAUGGUCUGCCUUCAUCAAGGGAUCAGAAAGUUGCCAGUUUCUGGGCAACAAGAAAUCUCACUAACUUGGCAAGUAGUAUAAAAACUGAAAAUGAUGGUUACUGUAUUGAUGAAGGCCAAAUUGAAAACUACCAAAUGAAUGACUGUAGUUGGGUCCAGGACAGCUCACCUGAAAUGGCUGAAAAUGAAUCUCAAGGCGAAGGAAAAGUUUUUGUGUGGAAUGACAUGGGCUCUCAAGGACAAUCGGGUCAAGAACCUGGAAAAGCAAGGAGGAAAAAUCAAACUGCGAAGAGAUUUAUUUAUAAUAUACCACCAAAUAAUGAAGAGAACUCAGAAGAUUGCUCAGUGAUGCAGCCAUCAGUUUCAUACCCAGAAGAAGACUUGCAGUUUAUUAAGGAAGAAGCAGGUACUUCAAACGAUUUCAAGUAUGGAUUGUUGCCAGGCACUUCAAACGAUUUCAAGUAUGGAUUGUUGCCAGGCACUUCAAAUGAUUUCAAGUAUGGAUUGUUGCCGGAAUCUUGGCCAAAAGAAGCUUGGGAAAAUGGCGAUACAUCGGCUCUAAUCAUGAACAAACUGAAGUGUCCACACUGUAAUUAUGUAGCCAAAUACAGAAGAACACUAAAGAGACACUUGCUCAUUCAUACAGGGGUGAGAUCUUUUAGUUGUGACAUCUGUGGAAAGCUGUUUACUCGAAGAGAGCAUGUAAAGAGACAUUCCUUGGUGCACAAAAAGGAUAAAAAAUACAAAUGUAUGGUGUGUAAGAAGAUCUUCAUGCUGGCAGCCAGUGUUGGAAUAAGACAUGGAUCACGACGCUAUGGAGUUUGUGUAGACUGUGCAGAUAAAUCUCAGCCGGGAGGGCAAGAGGGAGUAGACCAAGUGCAGGACACAGAUUUCCCUAGGGAUGAAGAGUAUGAGGAAAAUGAAGUGGGAGAAGCUGACGAAGAGCUAGGUGAUGAUGUAGAAGAACAGAAUGACCCAUCUAGAUGGGAUGAAUCCGCAGAAGUCUGUAUGCCCUUAGAUGACUGACCAGGCAUACUGCUUAUGGUUGCUGCCGCUGGACACUAUGUGGAUUGACCAUUUGAAUUCUUGGACUGAAGGCUUGCAAAAUAUGGUACAGGCUGGAUGGUAGUUAUGUUGCUGUGAAAAUUGUAGGGUCAAAGCCUUAUAGCAAAAAAGGAUUAUUAAAUUUUUUUAUGAUAUUUGCACAGGACUGUACAGCUUACAACCAUUUGGUUGAAUUAUACAGAGUCCUCACAUCUACAGUCAGUUAUCAAAAGAAAAUGUAUUUUUUAUUAUUUAUAGGAUAUAGCUACUUGGGUCCUUUCAAACAUAGUAGUAACUAUACUUAUUAUGUUACACAUUCAUGUAUCCUUUUUAACAUGAAUGAAGAAAAUUACAAUCUUGGUAUGGAAAUACAACAGCUUCCCCAGAACAAUCAUAGGUUUGACUGACAGUGAGCCAGUGAGGCUAAUUUGGGCUAGUGGCUUUCAUUUCCAUAAGUAGGGCUUUGUCAUACCACCCUUGCUUCUCGCUUAACUUAAUGGGAUAAAAUUAGUAACUAAAUUAUGCAUCGUAGAUUAUAUCAUCCUCUUAAUGAAUUGAUUUAAAUUAUUUGGUUCUAAGUCAGCAUGUGGU